CUUCCUACUUCCGUGUCACGCUAAGUUUCCUCUUUGGAGCCCGUGCGCACUGAACCGGCCGCGUAAACAGUAAGGAGCAGAUUUGGCCACUAUGAGGGCAAUUCCUGAAGAGAUAACGGCGCUUAUAUCAGAUCUUGAAGUUUUCCUGAGUGAUGGAUUAAAAGGAGAGAAUUUGAGCAAGAAGGCAAAAGAAAAAAGAGAAGUGUUCAUUAAGAGGCUACAGGAUGUAAAACUGGGUUUUCCCAAUGAUUUCAAAGACAAAAUUGAGGAUGACUAUGAGGAAGAAGAGGAGUUUGACAGCAACAAUGAUGGCGGAUCCCUGCAGUCAGAGCGUACGGACAAAGAUGAAGAAACAUGUGAAGGGGUCCAGCAGUCUCCCCCUGUGGCAGCUCAGGACCUCACAUCUGUCUUUAAGGCUGGUUAUCUCGAGAAACGCAGAAAAGAUCACAGCUUCUUUGGGACUGAGUGGCAGAAAAGAUGGUGUGCUCUGAGCCAGCACACCUUCUACUAUUAUGGCAGUGAUAAAGAUAAGCAGCAGAAAGGCGAGUUCAGCAUUGAUGGCUACUCUGUCAAGAUGAAUAACACCUUACGCAAAGACUCCAAGAAAGAUUUUUGUUUUGAAAUAUCGGCGCCAGACAAGAGAGUCUAUCAGUUUUGUGCGUCAUCGGCGAAAGAGGCGGAGAAGUGGGUGAAACAGAUAGACUUUGUUUUGAAAGACAUGACUGGCAUCAUACCAGAGGACGAGGAAGAGCAGGAAAUGUAUGAUGAUGUUGGACAUGCAAUGGACAUGGACAAUGGAGAUGUGGAGCCAAUUGAUGAGGACAUCUAUGAAAUACUGCCAGAAGAGGAAGAGCUUCCAAAAACUGAGCCAGUCAGCAAACUCUCUCCAUCUCCUGCUCCUGUUCAAGCUCCUGCUCCUGCCCGUGCUCCAGCAGUUAAUAAGAGCACAGACUACAAGAACUUCUACCAGGGCCUAUGGGACUGCACUGGAGACCACCCAGACGAGCUGUCCUUUAAACGCGGAGACGCCAUCUACAUUCUCAGCAAGGAAUACAACACUUUUGGUUGGUGGGUUGGAGAGAAGCAUGGAGCCAUUGGCAUUGUCCCCAAAGACUACCUGGCAGAGCUUUAUACAGUAUAAAUAAAUACACCUCCAGUAAGUUAUGUGGGAAAAAAUAUUUAAAAAAUAUAAUGAAUAAAUAGACCACAAAUUACAUGGUCUGUUUCAUUUCCUGCACAGUAUUUGUUGUCUACUAAAAAGCAUUUCAGACAGAUAUUUGUAUAUGUUUAUUCAUUGUGAUUCUGCACUGAGAGAUCCUUUGUCCUUCUGUUGUAAUAUUUAAUUUGCUAAUAUUUUUAUUGGACUCAUUUCAAUUUCCAUUUAUUUAUUUGCUUCACAUGCCACAAGGUGGCAAUAGAGUUACUUCUGUGGUCACAGUUGACAGUUUUUUUUCAGACCACAUUAAUGUCAUUUUUGUUUUCAAAAGUCACUGUUUUGUAAACAUGUCUAAUAAAAGUAAAACGAUGUCUUUAA